GGGAAGCGAGCAGAGACUUGCGUGAGGAUUAAAAAACUUUUUGCCUUUUGUUUUUCUCAGUUCAGUGCAGCUUCCUGGAUUCCUCUUGGGUGAAAUCACAAGCACAAUGAUGUUACGUGUUCCAGUCAGUGUCGUCUGUCAUUUGAUGUUCAUCUUACCAGUAGUGUUCUGUGAUGAGACUGGUCGGCACAGCUCUUCCGAUACCAACAAUCUGGACAUCUUUUACGAUCCCGCCGCCAAAGCUCCGUUGGGCUCACAUCGUGAACCAAGCGACUUCUUAGAGGAACUAUCUGAAGUCCCUGGCCCUGUAGAAUUCAACCAGCGUUAUGUCAGCCAGUAUCGCCCAGUUGUCUUUCGGGGCGCUGGACAGCAGUCCAAAGCCUACCACCUAUGGACUGAGGAAUAUCUUACUGAGAAGUAUGGCAAUUUGACAGUCAGACUGGAGGCAAGACAUGAAUCCAACUCGCGCAUACCAGCAGGUGUAGGAGGCCUAGGACGGGAUACCAUUGCACACUUCCUAGAGCAUUACCAGACAUCUGAUGGCUACAUUAUCUCCCAGAUACCCUCCCCGAUGGAGCCUGAUAUCGCCUUCCCUCCGUGCCUGACCUGUGGUUCCUUCUCAAGAAGCAUUCAGGAAGUCCACGUAUUUUUGAGUGCUAAAGGGGGCAAGACAGUGCUGCAUCGAGAUCCAUAUAGCUCAGUGCACUGUGUCUUCAAUGGAACCAAACAGUGGAUUGUUAUUGAUCCUAAGCAGAAAGCAUCUCUGUACAUAUCAGAGGAAUCAACAUAUGAGUUUGGUGGAUAUUCCACCAUCGACGUGGAUAACGUGGACUUAGACGAGUUCCCCAAGUUGAGAGACGUGGAGUAUGCCCGGGUCAUACUGAAUAAAGGAGAUUGCAUCUACAUGCCGAGUGGCUACAUGCAUCAGGUCCGCUCCAACGGUUACAUGAAUGCUGCUGUCUCAAUCUGGUUCUCCCACUACUACGAGUUUGACGCUGAGGGUUGCCAUGACGACCAUGGUCCAGCAGAUUUUCGACCAAUGAACGAGGUGGAUGUGUUGUGGAGAUACAAUGGGACAGGCAACCUGUCACAAGGCAUGAUGGAUAUUCACAUGCUAAGAACUGUCAUGCUGACUGUGGCUGACAAGGAGGGCAAACUAUGGAUUGAAGAUUUUGUAACCAAUUUUAUUCAUGGUGAAACCAACGAACCAGAGUAUUACAAGACACUACAAGAUUCAUUCCGUUCAGCACUUGAUCCCACCAACAGAGGUUACAUCACAGUAGAAGAGCUGAACAACUUCUCCAUCUCACAACUCAAGGACCUGGUGUGGUCAUUCCAACUUCUGGACCCAUCGGAUACUGAUCUGUUUGAGUACAGUCAUAUCCAGGCCUAUGACGUCAAGAUGCUCUACGAGGAUCUGUUACAUCAAAGCCAAGAUGGAUCCUUCUCAAGAAGUGAGUUCAUUGAAGCAUACGUGGAAGAUCUUGGAGGCACCAGCGUUGUUGCUAAUGAGAUCCUUGAUCAGUUUGGGAGCGGUCUUGAUACAAUAACGGCAGAGAUGGUAGACCGCAUGGCCGACGCUUCUCUCUCCAAAUUCCAGAAGGUUCCAGAAUUUGACCCGUUUUUGGAACAUCUGUGGUACAAACACUUGGUCAAGGAAGGGAUCAUUCAGAAAUUCAAGGUUGUACACGACGAGCUGUGAGUGAAACGUUUCUGUGUGUGAGGAAGCUGUAUCAAGGUAAAUUCAAUAUUGGGGCCAUUCCAUGAGAAAGUAGACAUGGCUGAAAUGUGGACAAUUUAUGAAAUCUUCAAAAGUGCAGGCAUCACAAAACCUCAAAUGUGAUAUCAAUUUAAAGGGGACAACCGCUGGCAGUGAGAUGAAAUACUCUUCAGUGUGUUUUUGCCAAAAAUAUGUUUUUUUUUGUGGCUGCAAGGACGGUUUUAGGUAGUCAUUUUGGCAUCUUCUUUUGCAUGCAAAAUGCAAGUGUACAGCGUGUGUCAAUAAAAACGCAGGAUUAGA